UUGCUUUUAGCUGCACCAGGUGAAGUUCCAUAUGGAUCUGCGGAAUUCUUUGCGCUUUGUGGACUUGGUGGAAUUCUCUCAUGUGGCACUACGCACACUGCGAUUGUUCCCUUGGAUUUGGUCAAGUGCAGGAUUCAGGUCAAUCCAGCGAAAUAUCGUGGCAUCUUAAGUGGUUUCGGUACCACAAUCAGAGAAGAAGGUUUCCGAGGUUUAGGAAAAGGAUGGGCUCCGACUUUUGUUGGCUACUCGUUGCAGGGAUUGGGAAAAUUCGGAUUUUAUGAAAUAUUCAAGUUGUAUUAUUCAGAGUUCCUUGGCGAGACGUCUCCCGGUUCCCCACCAACACUGCGUGGAUGCGCACCAAUGAUUUGGCGGAGUGAAGGACUUAUGGGAUUUUAUAAAGGUUUGCCACCACUCUGGAUGCGUCAGAUACCGUACACGAUGAUGAAAUUUGCUUGCUUCGAACGUACCGUUGAAAUGCUGUACAAGUACGUGGUUCCGAAACCAAGAUCGCAAUGUUCGAAAGCUGAGCAGCUGGUUAUCACUUUCUGCGCCGGAUACAUCGCUGGCGUAUUCUGUGCUGUUGUAUCGCAUCCUGCAGAUACUGUUGUGUCGAAGCUAAAUCAGGAUGCUGGUUCGGGCGCCAUGGAAGUAGUCAGAAAACUCGGCUUCAUUGGUUUGUGGAAAGGUCUGAUCCCACGUAUCAUUAUGAUCGGAACGCUGACUGCCGCGCAGUGGUUUAUUUAUGAUAGCGUGAAGGUGAUAUUCAAACUUCCACGUCCACCGCCACCGGAGAUGCCGGAAUCACUGAAAGCGAAGUUGAAGCUGCAAGAAGCUGGAAAAUAA